UUGUGUUAUCCAAUCAAAGUCUAGUCUAACAGUCAGUGUUAUGUCUUCAAUGUGUAGUAUGCAGAGACCGACCGACAUUGAAGAGGAAAUAUAUCAUGUCAGAAAUUCGGAGUUUAUAACUAAAAUGUGGACGGAUAUUAAACUUGUUUAAUGGAAAGUGCACCACAAUCGGUUAGCCCGCACAUUCAGCGGGUGCUGAAGAGUUUUCAAACGUCAGCGAAUCGGACUUUACAAGGCCCAGGUGGUUUAGUUUUGUUACAACCUAACGGUCAUGAAAUCCAACAAAUGGCGAAGAUUUCGUCCGAUGAAUAUCGUAAAGCUUUGGUUGCGAAAAGUAAGGAAUUAGAACACAUGUAUCGUUUGCAAGCACCAAUCCCGUUACAACAGUUCCCUGUGUUCACUCCUGCAGAUUCUAGCAGAAGUGAACAAACUGACACUAUUUUAGAGGGGGAGAAAAUUGCUUGUUUUGUUGUUGGUGGUGAAAAAAGAUUAUGUUUACCCCAGAUUUUGAACACAGUGCUGAGGGAUUAUGAGUUACCCGAAAUACAUGCAGUAUGUGAUGAUCUGCAUAUUUUCUGCUCGCGAUGUCAACACGAACAGUUGGACAUUUUAAAAGCAUCAGGAAUUUUACCCCGGAGUGCACCAAGCUGUGGACUAAUUACAAAAACUGAUGCAGAGCGUCUUUGUAAUGCUUUAAUUCGUACUCCAAAUGACACAACAGCCCCUGAUCACCCCUCCCAUAACAGUUUUAAAGUUUACCAUGAGUGUUUUGGAAAGUGUAAAGGAAAUUUCAAUCCGGAUGCUUACACGUCUUCAAAAGCUCUUUGCAUACAAUGUGUAGAUUGUGGUAGAUGGUUUACGCCACAAAAGUUUGUGUGUCAUUCCCAUAAAGCAUUGGAAAAUCGCACGUGUCACUGGGGAUUUGACUCUGCCAAUUGGCGUCACUAUCUUCUUUUGGCUAAGCAUCAACCAGGGAUUGAAAAAUUGCAGGAUGUUCUUGAAGCUGUGAAGAGCCGCUUUGACUCGAACAAGUACAAAAGGAAACAACAGACGGAAGUUGUUAGCAAUGACUCUGCAAAGAGAAGUAAGAGUGAGGACAGUUCCUCCCCAGAAUCUACGUGGGCGGGAGAAUCUUGUUCAUCACUACGUGCAAUGAUGUCGGCAUUCCAGCCAUGGUCCCCGGCUGUUACAAGUGCUAUGAAAGAUGGAAAAAUGUUGCCAGCCCCACCAGCUAUUAUGAGAGAAGGGCUUACAGGCACAGCCCCCUCCUACUUACAUUCAGGUCCACCAGUGUUGUUACAUCCAGACAAAGUUGUUCCGCACUCGGAAUCAAGCAGGUACGAGCCAAAUUAUGCGCCAAAUGUAUCACUUGCCCCAGUUCAAAAGUGCAAAGGUGAAGAUGAUGAUGAGGAAGAAGAGGAGGUAGAAAAGAAACGAGUGCCAACGCCAGAACCUGGCCCGUCUAAACCUUACAGAGAAUGGGAUCUGUCAGAAAGUGAUGAAUCAUCAGGGGAACGGUCAUCACCGUCGCAUGGUGAAGAAUCACAGUUGUCGCCCACCACCGAGAACCAGCGUGCUCUCGAGAUAGAGCUGGAAAUGAUUCGGCAAGCGCUGGACGGCAAAAUUGGUGACGAAAAAGAAGAGAAAGACCGUUUCUUACAUGAGUUUUGUAAACUAAGAGCGAAACAUCAGGAAUUACUAAACAGAAAUAUUCAAGCCAGGAGAAAUUUAAAGCAGGAAUUAGCAAAUGCUAAAGCAUCAACAAAGGAGAAACUUCAGGUAGUCAGCGACAAGAACCAUUCAAUGGAGAAAGAGCUGAACAAAUUGCGACGAGAUUCGGAAUCCAGACUUAAAGAGGUGAAAGAUGACAAUGCCAAGCUGCUAAAAGAUGUAGAGAUUCUCCAAAAGAGAGAUGACUUAGAGAUGGGCAAGUUGAUACAGAUAAAUCAGGAACUUCAAGCUAGACUUCAACAUUACGAGAUGGCGUUUGAACAAAUACGGCUCGAGAAUAUUAUAAUGCAGGAUAAACUGCUACAGAUGGGCAUAAACGUGCUCGAUCUUGUCAAAGCAAACUGUAACGGCAGUCUAAAAAUGAUCAGGUCACCAUCAGGGUCGCCGCCACAGCGCACAACACCACAGCGCUCACCGACGGAACACACAUCUUCGCUUCUUGGCGCAUAUCCCAUGCUUCCUCCGCCGGGACUGUUGCAGUCGCAUGCAGAGCGGUUCAUUAAAAAAGAACGAGAUGGGUGCACUUGAGACGUUUUUCGUCAUUCUUUGAAAAUUCGGAGUAGAAAUAUUCUAGGAUUUACAAAUUGGAAUUUCAUCAUUUGGAGUUAGCCUGUUUUAGAUAGUUAAUUUUUCUUUUUCUGGAAGCCUGUGAUGUUCAAAUGAUUUAGAUAAAUAGUUUGUUGUUAUGAUGUGUUGACAUUUGUUAAAAGUACUAGAAGUUUUAUCUAAUAAAAAAAAAUAGGCGAUGGAUAUGGAAAAGCUAUGUGAUAUACUGGAGGAGAAAUACAAAUCGGACUGCACAAACAUGCAAAAAAAGGCGUUGGAUGUUAACGUUUUGGGACAACACUGUUCUCUAUAUGUCGAUAUAGAUUGCAAAGCGCCCAUUUUUGUUUCACUGUUGUGCAGAGACUUCCUUUUCAUUGCUGUGGCGAAGGAUGCAAAAACAAAUUCUGCACAAAUUACAAUUUGUGGAUAAUGGCCAGAAUGUAUAUGAAUUCAAUGCUUAAACAUGCAUACAAGUUUCUCCCAUGUGUGUUUAUAGAAACAGGACAUACUGUCCAAAUGAAAAGGUGUGUUUGGUUAGUUGGGCAUAUAAAUGUGGUUAAACCACAAGUAAAAGAUAUAAUCACAUGUUGUCAUGAGGAGAACCAUUAUAUUGUGACAAAGUAACUUUUGUGCAAUUUAGUAAGUGAACACUGUUUAUGGUAAAGCUGAAAUUGUAUGGAAACCAAGGUUACCAGAGUAUGUAUAUUCAUAGAUUGAAAAGAGUAACAACUGUAGAUUAUUCUGCAGAAAUUUAAGCCUACAAAAGAAGGAGCUAUGUUGUCAUUGGAAGCUUGUUACGGCUUACUGCUGUGUGGUACUGCAAACUGCAGUGUGUUCCAGCAUAUACGACAGAGUGUUUCAGCAUACUGGCAUAUAAGUGUGUGUACUUUUGAGUAGGCAUGAAGUGUAUAAAAUAAAUGUCAGUCUCAUUAACAAUGCUUGCUGUAUAUCAUGUAAAAACAUUUUUAAGGUAAUCAGAAAAAAAUACAUCAUUUGUUAUUUUUGUUAGUGAGUUUAUAUGUUAAUGACAUUUACACAAAACAAAACAGGGUUUUUCUUAAAUUCACAAAAACUGUGACAAAAAUGGCAGAUAUUAUUUGUUUAGGAUAAAUACACCUAUGUUUAAAGUGUUUUUUAUCAAACAAGAAAAAAUGGUAUGUUAGGAACAAGCAGACCAUCAGAUUAAUAUAAAUUAUAAAGAUCUUGGACAGCUAUUUGAAUGAUUGGAUUUGAAUUAUACAUAGAAAUAUUACAGAAUCCAUAAAAGAAAAAAAAACAGUAUAUUCCCUAAAUUAUAAAAAAUCAGGCAAGUAGUUAUAAGGGGAACAUAUGUCUUCUUGCCAACAUUUUGCAGGAAUAAUCAAAGGUGUAUUUAUCUAGAGUAAAUUAAAAGAGUAUGAAAUGAAAGCAUUUUACCGCAAUUACCUCAAGCCGUAUCUUGGUUGUUCAUCUUGGAUUGUAUUUGUUACUUUUUUUUCUCCUAUUUUUCGUAUUUGCAAUAUUUUUUUUUCUCAUAUUUUAGUAGGUAAUUGAUAGCAGAAUUAUAAAAGUUAUGAGUUUAUCAAAAACAGUUCAGUCACCUAGAUUUUUUGUCUGGGAACUUUUUUCAAAGGUAGUGCUUAAAUAUAUGUGAUUUUAUUUAAUCUGACACAGAGGGAAAAACGAAAGUUUGGGAAAUAGAUGAAGGGAUAAAGAAAGAUACAUGAAUAUUUAAUGAUCCUAUUAGUAUUCUAGAGCGCAUGCUUUGUAAUAAAAGAAAAUUUAAGUACAAGACUUUUUAAAGAAGUAAGUGUAAAAGGAUUUAAAAACUGGAAUAAGAAUUUGUCUAAUUGUAAUUUAGCUGUUGAAAUUGUAGUAAAGGAGAUAUGAUCUUUAAGCUGUAAAUGUGUGUUAAAAUGAACACAAAAAUUUUCUUAGAAUGAAUCCCGGUUAAUUGAUUCUAAGUGUCAUAUUUUUUUUUUUUUUUUUGUUUCUUAAAGCAGACUGUACAUAGGGCAUUUUGUCAGUUUGUUUUACAGAGCUAUUUUAUGUGGGCAUAUCAGUUCAUCCAGGUUGCAUAGUUUUAAAACUUGAACUUUGGAACCAGUCUCCAAAUGCUGUGUUGUCAUUGGUUAAUUUUGAAGUUUGACAUCAGAAACAGCCAAUCAGAUGCCCGAGGUUUAAGACUGGUUCCCAAAUUCCGUUUUAUAAUUGUGGAACCAGUAUGUAGUUCUUUAUAGCCUAAAAACCUUAGGACUUGAUAAAGAGUGUAAAGAUAAAACUUUACAGAGUUACUGUUCUUUGUUUUGCUUGGCAAAGUUAAAGAAGCAAUGUCAGAUAAAUUUUGCAGACAGACUAAAGAAUUUCAUUUGGUUGGGGAUGUUGGGGGCGGGUAGAGGGGUAGUUGUAAGCAAUGUUUAUUAAAAAAGCAGAAGUCAGUAUUGUUAUAUGUAUAGAUUUUAUGAGUAUGAUAUGAAUGACAGCUAAAUUCAUUACGUUUUACGAGGGAUGAUCCAGAAUUCAGUAGACGUACAUAACAAAGAAAACACAAGAAAAGAUCCUUUAAUAAAAAAACCUUUUUUGUGCACAAUUUAACAAUUUUUACACCUGUCCAGCUAUUAAGCAGUGUUAAUUAACGUGAGAAAUAUAGGUAAUGGUUUCAGAUCCUAGGACAACUGCUAUAGUGGUGCUUUAAUUUCUUUCUUGAAUUUCAAAUAAUGCCACAAUAGGAUAUGUUAUAUUGUAUCAGUUUCAGAUACUAUUGAAAGUGUGUUCACACUAGUUUGGGGCCAUUAUUUUAUAUUCAUAAACAUUGAAACGUUGAACAAAUUCUUAAAUAGGCGACUCUUAAAUCAAUUAUAUUUUGCAGUUGACGCAUUUUGUAUGUCAUUCCUAUUGUGUCAUCAUGCUUCUAAAACUGUUCAUGUCAAAUUUCUUUGAUUAUAAUUCUACGUAAAAGCGACUGAUUGCAAAAUUACUGUAAAUGUGAAAGUUUAGUUUGUAUGAGUUUCAGUCUGGGAUAUUAUUAGAUAAAAUAUUUAGAAGAAAAGUCUAUGCAAAAAAUUCUGGAUCACCCCUUGUUCAUUUACUGACACUGCAGAGUUUUUCCACAUAUUUUGCAGUCUACACAAGCAGUGGUAUUAAACAUAAAUACUGCUUUCACUGAAUAAAUCAGUUUUUACUUUUUAUUUACAAUAACUAAUGAAAUCACAGUCUAAAUUUUUGAAAAAAAAAAAUGACUUAAAUCUUCUCUUUAUGCAAUGUAGACAUAAACACAAGACAUUCUAGCGAAGUCCUAAGGUUUUUUAGUGAGUUUAGAUCUGCAUAUACCUGAUAACUGAAGUUUUUUCAGAAUAUUUUGUAUUUUAUGUGUUACUUUUAUGUAAAGUAAUAGAAGAUAAUUGUUAGCACAAGUGUGGAGUAAUUUUUUGUGAAAAAGAAAAAUACUGAAGAAAAAAAAGUUGUUUAUAAACAUUUGUGCUGGACACAUGUGUUGUAUAGAGACUUUAUAUCCCAGGUCAAGGACAUUACGCUUCUGUUUUUGUCUUAAAGAGUUUCUUGCAGAUGUGGAUUAAUGUUUUAGAUAUUCUAUACACAGUUCAUAGUACUUGAGAACAUACAAUAAUGGCAGAUGGCUUAAAACAUACAAGUACUGAAAGUGAGUGGCAAAAAAAAAAAAGACCGACACUUUUUUGUAACAAAAACAUAAAUGGCAAAUUUUGCUUAAUUUAUUAGCGUGUGCGUUUACGUAGUUCCAUGUCAUUUAAUUUGCUCAUAAAGGUACCAGUUUUACAUUUGGGGCGCAACAGUUCAUUACAUAACUUACAUGUAACUGAUUUUGGAAGUUAAAAUGGAGUUUAAAUGCCAUGAAAAAAGUCCUAUGAAAUAAGGAAAAAGUCCUCGCUAUGUAUUUUAAUAAGUGAAAGUGGUUUUGUGCAAGUAAAUUUAAUUAGAAUAUGGUAUAUUCUACAAGAAAUGUGUUAUGAUUAAAAAAAAAAAACUAAACCAGUCUGUAAGGCAUACGUAUAUACCUAGGAUGUAAUAGACAAACCUGUUCAAAAUAAGUCCUUAACUGAAAUAACAUUGCAUCAACCUUUUAGAAAAAUAAAUUAUGGAUUUCACCUUCUUGCUAGAUAAUUUAAUUGAAAUCAUGUAAAACAGAUGAUGCUCCUCAAAGUCAUUAUUGGUGAAAAAAGUACACUUCACACGACUGCUUACACUUUUGUAUAAUCAUUUUUGUUUGUUGAGCCCAAACAGUUUUAACAUAGAAACUGUUUAAUAUGAGAAAUUUGGCCAGUAUGGUAUAUGUUAUAUAAUUUACAUGUUGUGGUCACAUUCAUAUAAUGUCAUUCGUUAUUUGACAGUUUAAACAUAUAAUGCUUCUUCAUCUAAAAACAUUUGAGUCAUUCUCACAACAUUUUUUUCUCAUCUUGCACGUAGAGCUGUUGUUGUUUGUAACAUUUCUUAUCACUAUAAAAAAAUGCUAUUUAAAAAUUUUACUUUGUUAUAAAAUUCUAUUAAAUUCAAUGUGGUAGUAAAAUGAUGUAAAGUUCAGCUGUAUUGUAAAAUACUGGCAAGAUUUAGUGGGACUAGAAUGAUAUUAAAUUGUUGGUAGUGAUAUGCUGUUAAAUUCAGCUUUGUUGUAAAAUGCAGUGAUAAUUAGUAGGGUUUUGGUUCCUCGAGACAGUAGCAGUUAAUUUUGGAAUAUUUUAACAUUUCUUUACAUUUCGUUGACAAACAACAUCUGAAAGGAGCUAAAGACAUAUUUUAGCUGAAUAUUCUUUUGUGCUCACAUGAAAAAAAUAUUUCUCGGAUUGUAAGAUUUCUUUUAAAAAUGAAUUCAAGAAUGAAUUUUAACUUAUCUCUUCCCCUGAUUGUAAAUUCAGAAAUAUGUAUUCACAUUGAAAAAAAAAAAAUUUGGGGUUGUGUAACUGUUAGACUUACAAUGGAGUUAUCUCCCAUCAGUGUGUGACAGCAGGAUCACAUACUACAUAGUAGACUAUAUCCACACACAGAAAGUUAAUGGAUUUUCUUUCUUUUUUUUCUUACUCUCUGACUAAGUUUUUAACUGAUAAUGAGAUAUUAAUGUGUAGUGCAGAUCCUGCUAGAAAUGCCUUUUUUUGUUGUUGAUAAUUUGUCAAACUGGUUCUUCAUUCUUAAAGCAUGUCAGGUUGGCACAGACUAAAUCAAGACAAGGAAUUGGUUUUAUGAUAGAGAAGUUCCUUUCAUAUAAGAUGACAUGUCCAUUGUCCUUCACCUCUGCUUCAUGCAGGAAUGUGGACAGUUACUGUGGAGAAUAAGUCACUAGUGGUAUAGAGUCCAGAAACGCUGUUAACAUACCGAACUUACGUAAUUGUAAUAAGUUGAAAAAAUAUUACAAAAAUAAAACAACUCUACACCCAUUUCAAAGGAGGAAAUUAUCACUUUGAAAAUUUCAUUAAGUAACACACCUUAACUAUUGAAACACCUUUUUGCUUUUCAGAGGCGAUCCCAAAUCCAACUAUGUUGAGGUAAAUAAUAGAUAAUACUAGUAAAAGAAUUUUAGCCAAAUGUUAAUGCUUGUUAAAAGUUUCAUCUGGGCAUUGCUUUGUUAAAUGUUAUAUCAUUAGGAAUACUGUGUUUAUAAAACAAAUUGUAAAUUUGUGGUUUAUUUCAUUUCAUUUCUGUUAAAAUUGUAUGUAUGUUAUGUUCUUUGUUAAUUUUCUUCAUGACACACGAUGUAUUUAAUAGCUAACUAUAGAGAUAUAUGUACAGACUUUAACGAGUGCUUUCCAUUCUUCUUAUUUUAAGAAACACCGCUACAUACAUGCUUUAUGGAAAUAUGUUUAGUGUAAUUAUUGCUUACUGGGAAAAAAAAUCCAACUGUUGUUGGCAAAAGUAACCUAGCUUCUGUUCUUACUGGUAUAGAGAUAGUUCGGUUUAUAUUUUUAAUCUUGCAGACAUCUUGGAACAGUUUCAUAGCAUGUUUAUGCUUAUGAAAGCCUUGAUACAAAUUUUAUGGCCAGCCAUUAUUUACAGUGAGGCAGGCAAUUCACAUUUCAGCUGAGCAGAAGGUCUAUAAAAGAAAAAUUCAGAAUAGAAAAAAAAUCACUGUUCUGCUAAAUGGUCUAUUGCUGGAAUAUAAAUUGGUUUUAAAAGAAUGUCAAAAACCUAUGAUUUUAAGUUAUAGAGAUCUACUAUUAAAGUAAAAAAGAUACAAAUUUAGCAUUUUUAAUUGAAUUGCAGAAGGUCAUUGAAAUCAUUUGAUAUAAAAAUUUCAAACAGAAGGCUAAUCCAGCGUAUAAAUGAGAUUUCUGUGGUAAAAUAGUCUGCAGUUAAAUCCUAGAGCUAGAGAUAUAAAUUUAUUAUCUAAUUUGAGAACCCUUUUUUACAGUUGGAAAAACAUCUCUUGUAAAGUUUUGAAAGAUUUUACAAGGACAAUCCUAAAGAUGUUUGUCAGAAAUAAAGUUGUUUUGUUUAUCACAGCUGUUUGCAUGUUGCCCCAGUAUGAAGCAGAUACAUUUGAGCCACGCCAUGAGAAAACCAACAUAGUGCAUUUGUGACCAGCAUGGAUCCAGACCAGCGUGCGCAUCCGCACACUCUGGUCAGGAUCCAUGCUGUCUGCUUUCAAAGCCUAUUGCAAUUAGAGAAACCAUUAGCGACCAGUAUGGAUCCUGACCAGACUGCAUGGAUGGUUUUUCUCAUGGUGUGGCUCAUUUGUUUUGCAUUGAGAUGACAAACUUGCAGUUCAGAUAGUGUCACAAUAGUUUUGCGCUGUGUUGACAAAAUUAACAAUUCAAACAGUUAAUAAAACCAGGUGCUUCAUUUAACUGCGAAAAAUAUCAUUAAGAAUGAAUAUCUCAAAAAAUGAGUCCUGUAAGCAUGUGCUUCAGUUACUGGUAACACUUCGUUAAAAGAUAUUUGAGCCGCACCAUGAGAAAACCAACAUAGUGCAUUUGCGACCAGCAUGGAUCCUGACCAGACUGCGUGGGCUGGUCUGGAUCCAUGCUGGUUGCAAAUGCACUAUGUUGGUUUUCUCAUGGUGCGGAAGACCAAGUGGCUAAAACUUGAAAACGUUUUCAGUCUUCAACUGACUUUUCUGUGUGAAGGUAGUAAAUUAACCCUUAUCUGUGCAGUCUGAUCAUGAUCUGCACUGUUCGCCAUUCAGUCAGUAUCUUUUUUGUGAGCACCCCUUUUAACAGUUAAUGGUACUGUCCAAAUAGAAAGAUGGACAAGUUCAUAAAAGAAAUUUAGCAGUGUAAGGGUUAAAAACAAAGUUAAUUGAAUGAGCAAAUCACUCCGGGCACCCACACUCUUACCCCAGCACUGGCUUCAGUCACAAUUACUGAUGUGACACUAUUGACAUAAUUACUUUACUGGAGUAUUUCAGGACUUCAGGCUAUCAAAACUGAUACAUCCAAUCAUAUUAUAUUUAUAUAUUUAUACCCUUAUACCCCCCCCCCCCCCAACAAAAAAAACAACAGUUUUUGCUAUAAGCCUGGACUAUAGUGUUGGUCUGUAGAAAACAUUUAACCUUAACAUACACUUAACAAACACAUUCUUUUCAUACAGUUUUGUUAAAAAAACAAACUGUCACCACUCUUUAAUCUUCAUAAUGUUUUGGUUCGGUCUAGAUUUUUUUUUUUAUAAAUAUUUUGAAAGUUUACUACAUGAAGAAUCUUGUUUUGCUUCUUACAGUCUUCCAGUUUUUAUCUUAGUUUGUGACUCAUUAACAGUAGAAUUACUUACAGGAGAAAUUUCUCAGGUAUUAUUAAUUUGGUAAUCCGUUGUCAUGGCGAGUGAAGAAUAACUUGUCAACAAAACUGCUUACUCAUUCCUCAUAAGUCAGACACACUUCUGUCAUCAUGCAGGAGUGAUUUAGCUCUCAUUUCUAUGAGAGCUACACAACUUAAGGUUUGUUUCAUUAGAAGCUAUAAAGCUUUCGAUUUCAAAAACUAAACAAAAGUUUCGAGACCAGUCUUGGAAUGGAACACAUGGCUAUUGGUCAAUUUCAAGGUUGUUUUAAGAAACUUCCAAUCAUUUUCUGGAGUAUUGAGAUAUUUUUGUAAAUCUUGAUUUGGAUGCAUUUUGUCCAAUUUUGUUCGUGUACAAACUGCAUUUUCUUUUCGAGAAGUUUUAGGUACCUGUAUGGACCAAUUAAGUGUUGCUAAAAUUUCUUGAAUUUUAGUAUGGUCAAUUAACCAGUAUCUGUUUUAGUAAAUUGUUUAUAAAUUCAGAUUUAUAAGUAUGGCCAUUGUUUAACUUAACCCUUAUCAUGCUGGACACGAUUCUGCCUUUGCGACCAGUGCAGAUCAUGAUUAGCCUGCACAUCCGUGCAGUCUGAUCAUGACCUACACUGUUCGCCAUUCAGACAGUAUCUUUUUUGGUAAGCACCCCUUUUAACAGUUAGUGGUACUGUUCAAAUUGAAAGAUGGACAAGUUCAUUAUAGAAAUUUAGCAGGGUAAGGGUUAAACGCACAGAAAAACCAAAGGUGGUAAAUUACCUGGAAAUCAGCUGCCAUUUCAUUUGAAACGCAAAAUACAGUAGAAAACAAAUUAAAUUCUUCACAUUCAAAAAUAUUAAAUGUAUUAUUGUUAAACAGCUGUUGUCUGUAAUAGCUUAUGAUCUACAUACAUUUCAAUCAACAGAUAUUUUAUUUGAUAAAAUCUGCUAUCUCAUUACUGUGAAAUCGUUUGAAGUCGUGGGUGAAAUUUCCUUUUAUUUAACUUCAAAAGGUGAAUUCCAAGAAUUCGUAUUCCCAUGUAUUAGACCAGAUUUGUACACACAAAAAACACACGCACAGAAUUUCUUGCCUAUGAAAUUAAAUGAUUUCGUAUAAAGUAUGAAAUUUUCUACAGCAGUUUCACAAAGAAUUAGUCAGAUGACAGUAAAAACCCAUUUUCUUUUACAUCUACUAGUAUUUUCAGAAACAGUUUUUAACAAUACAACAUAUAUUUUCCAAAUGUAAUAUUUUAACAAGAUAGCUUGUAUUUUGUUUUUAACAAAAUAUGUAUUUAUUACAUUUACUUGAAACUUUUUACUUACAUUUUGAAGAAGGAAAAUUAGUAAUUUUUAUUAGCUCACCUGUCACAAAGUGACAAGGUGAGCUUUUGUGAUCGCGCAGCGUCCGUCGUCCGUCCGUCCGUGCGUAAACUUUUGCUUGUGACCACUCUAGAGGUCACAUUUUUCAUCGGAUCUUUAUGAAAAUUGGUCAGAAUGUUUACCUUGAUGAUAUCUAGGUCAAGUUCGAAACUGGGUCACAUGCGGUCAAAAACUAGGUCAGUAGGUCUAAAAAUAGAAAAACCUUGUGACCUCUCUAGAGGCCAUAUAUUUCUCAAGAUCUUCAUGAAAAUUGGUCAGAAUGUUCACCUUGAUGAUAUCUAGGUCAAGUUCGAAACUGGGUUACGUGCCGUUAAAAACUAUGUCAGUAGGUCAAAUAAUAGAAAAACCUUGUGACCACUCUAGAGGUCAAAUUUUUCAUGAGGUCUUUAUGAAAAUUGGUCAGAAUGUUCACCUUGAUGAUAUCUAGGUCAGGUUCGAAACUGGGUUACGUGCGGUCAAAAACUAGGUCAGUAGGUCUAAAAAUAGAAAAACCUUGUGACCUCUCUAGAGGCUAUAUAUUUUACAAGGUCUUCAUGAAAAUUGGUCAGAAUGUUCACCUUGAUGAUAUCUAGGUCAAGUUCGAAUCUAGGUCACGUGCCAUCAAAAACUAGGUCAGUAGGUCAAAUAAUAGAAAAACCUUGUGACCUCUCUAAAGGCCAAUUUUUUCAUGGGAUCUGUAUGAAAGUUGGUCUGAAUGUUCACCUUAAUGAUAUCUAGGUCAAGUUUGAAACUGGGUCACGUGCGGUCAAAAACUAGGUCAGUAGGUCUAAAAAUAGAAAAACCUUGUGACCUCUUUAGAGGCCAUACUUUUGAAUGGAUCUUCAUAAAAAUUGGUCAGAAUGUUCAUCCUGAUGAUAUCUAGGUCAAAUUCGAAACUGGGUCACGUGCCUUCAAAAAGUAGGUCAGUAGGUCAAAUAAUGAAAAAACCUUGUGACCUCUCUAGAGGCCAUAUUUUUCAUGGGAUAUGUAUGAAAGUUGGUCUGACUGUUCAUCUUGAUGAUAUAUAGGUCAAGUUUGAAACUUGGUCAACUGCGGUCAAAAACUAGGUCAGUAGGUCUAAAAUUAGAAAAAUCUUUUGACCUCACUAGAGGCCAUAUUUUUCAAUAGAUCUUCAUGAAAAUUGGUCAGAAUGUUCACCUUGAUGGUAUCUAGGUCAGUUUUGAAACUGGGUCACAUGCGGUCAAAAACUAGGCCAGUAGGUAUAAAAAUAGAAAAACCUUGUGACCUCUCUAGAGGCCAUAUUUUUCAUGAGAUCUUCAUGAAAAUUAGUGAGAAUGUUCACCUUGAUGAUAUCUAGGUCAAGUUCAAAACAGGGUCACGUACCUUUGAAAACUAGGUCAAUAGGUCAAAUAAUAGAAAAACCUUGUGACCUCUGUAGAGGCCAUAUUUUUCAAUGGAUUUCAUGAAAAUUGGUCAGAAUUUUUAUCUUGAUGAUAUCUAGAUCAAAUUCAAAACUGGGUCACAUGAGGUCAAAAACUAGGUCACUAUAUCAAAUAAUAGAAAAAACCACGUCAUACUCAAAACUGGGUCAUGUGGGAACAGGUGAGCGAUUCAGGACCAUCAUGGUCCUCUUGUUCAGAGAUCAGAACAAAAAAAUCUAAAAGUAAAAGAAAUGUAAUACACUGAAAUUUCCGUUAAGUUACUUGUAACAUCAUACAAGAAAAAUCAAAAUAUCGAUAUUUGCUUCUUCCAUUUGGAAACAUUUAAGUUGAUGAUAAGAUUUUUACUACAUGGCAUUUUGCAUUCAGCUGUUGAUAAUUGACUUACAUUAUGACUCAGAGUGAGUGCUGCAUAAUCUGUCUUCAGAUUUUCAUUUUCUUCAGUAACUUAAUUCAUUAAAACGAGUUGCAAAGCGAUGAACAUACAGCAAAAAGGUGAUAUCUACUUCCCUUGUAUAUAUUCAGAUAAUACCUUUUUGCAUGCUGACAAACAUAUUUUUCAGAUUCCAUUCACAAUUUUUAAUUUAGAUUUGGUGUUUUAGAUAUCACUCACUCACAGUUUUUUUUUGUGUUAAAACACUAUGUUACAGAACAUUAAAUUCAUCUGAUUAGCAAGUUUGCAUUAGAAAUGAGCUUGGAAGUGUGAUUAAAUUUUUAUGUGUAAACUUAAGACUUAAUGUAUAUUCUUCAGCGGUUUAUGGAAAUGAAUUAGCGAGUUAUAUCACAAAAAGUAAUGAAGGUAUUAUAGUAUGAUUUCAUUGAUACAGAAACACAUUGGCACAUGGAAGAAUACGCUUUAGAAAUGAUAGAAACAUUCUCAUCAAAAAGAUAUUUUAGGUGUACGAAAUAUACUAUCAAGAACAUAAAGGUAUAAGCCAGCCGUAGCAACAUAAAAAUGAAUUCGGUAAAUCUCAUAAGAGUUAUGUUCAUUUUUUGAACAGAAACAUCUCAAUGUCAAGACAAUUUAGGAAGGCCAUUAAAAUGAAAUGAGAUGAACUGAAAAGAACAGUAAUUGUGUUUACAGGCAAGAUCAAGUUGUGAAAAUACCUGAAUCUUGUGAUCACUUCAUGUAGGAUAAUUUCGAUCUUACGCUAAAAAAAAACAAACAAAUGUCAUCCAUUUUAGAAUUUUUAGGACUGAAUGGAAAACUAAAAUCACAUAUCAAGGGUUCAACGCAACAAGGGCGUAUCUACAUAUAAUUAUUAUAUGUAGAUACGCACUGCGUUGAACCCUCGAUAUGCCUUUAAGACAAGGAUUUGAGUUGAUGUCCCUCCCUCAAGAAUGAGAUUCGAGUUGAAAUACUUUUCCUGCUGCAAGAUAGAGUCUUUAGUUCAGUUUGUCUUCCUCAGAAAUGGAGAUACAAGUAUAAGUAUAUUUGAUUAUCUUUUAAUAAAAACUUUUCUGACCCGACUCCAGGGUUUGAAUAAUGGGGCCCAUAUUCAUAAAAGUUUAUAGUGUGAAACUUAACCCUUAUCCUGCUAAAUUUCUAUAAUGAACGUGUCCAUUUUUCAGUUUGGACAGUACCAUUAACUGUUAAAAGGGGUGCACUGGUUGCAAAGGCAUAAUCAGUCAUAUUCAGCAUGAUAAGGGUUAAUACUUUGUAACAUAUAUCUUAAUAACUUAAAUAUUCAUUUUGCUCUGUUGUUGUUCAGUUAGAACAGAUUAUGAUGUAACUUUAGGUGACGGUUCAGUCUGCAUUUACAUACAGUUCAGUUUUGUUAUUAUACAAAUUUAUUGCAAAAUCGAGUAUUUGCCACUCUUCAGUCUAAAUUUCAGGCUAUAAACUUGGAUAAAAAUGGGCCCAGUCUAAUGAAUGCAGUGUUGUCAUUGGUCAAUUUCAAAACUGUAUUCCGGAACAGCCAAUCAGAUGCUCAUCUUUAGAGACUGGUCUCCAGAUUCAUUUUUUGUAACAUUAGAAGACUGGUUUAAUUAUAAAAUUAGUUCUGUUUCCCAUGUGCAUAGAUAGAAACACUGAAAGGUUCAUUCUAAGGUACAUAAAUAUGUUCGGUGAGUAAAACGUGUGUGAAAACUAAUAAACUUUGCCUCCUAUGAUGAUGAUAGACAGAAAAUUCGUGUUUUUUUUCUUUUUUCAUUCUGAAAUUGAUGUUUUAUUCUGUAGAUAACAUGCUAGCAUUUCACAUCUUCUGUGUUCACUCAAUUUUCUGGAAAUUCUGGUAUCUUACAGUUUCUGGAGAACGGAUGUUGAAAAUCAAUACACAGUGACAUUUUGGAAGCUUUUCUCUUAAACUUCCUGCAUGCUUACAACUGCAUAGGUUACCUAAAUUUAAGGCAGAUUUUUUUCUUCUUCCAGGAAAGAUGGUAUUUAAUUCACAAUUUAUUGCCGCUGCAUUUAACCGAUUCAUUUAAUUAGUGAGGUGGGAUUUUACGAGAGAAAAUUGUUGCAAAGCAGCACAAUCAAAACGUGCUUCAAAAACAUGAUUAUAGAUGUAACCACGUUUCUGUAAGUUUUAAAAGAAAGGAAAAAAAACAAUUUUGCUGAAAGCCCCACCCACAUUUUUGUCUUCAACACAAGACUUAAAAGCCAUUUCGUAGCUUUUUGCAAUGGUGAAACUUGUAUAUAAAAAAAAAAAUAUUUUUUUUUUUAAAAUUUUGUUAUUAUUUGGAAGUGAGAUAUUGGCGGUGUACAGAUGUUGAAAUGCUGUUAUGUUUAUCAUUGUAUUACAAGCCAGUAUAGGUCAUUGUUUAUUGGUGUUUUAUGAAUUUUAAUGAGCCGCUCCAUGGGAAAACCAUGCUGGUCGCAAACCAACUAUCUUGGUUUUCUCAUGGCGUGGCUCAAAUAUUUUAUUUGCUGCACUAGAUUUUAUGUUUUUAUUAUUUUUUGUGCUCUGGUGAUGUUGAUAGUGUGAAGCUGAUGUAUUUAAACAUUGCUUCCUUCAAUAAACUCAGUAAGCUUUA